GUUGUCAUAAUCUUAAAACCAAUUGGAAAUAUCCUCCGGCUGCAAUUAUUUAUGAAUUAAAGACUUAUGGUGAUGGAACUAUUUUAGUACACUUGGUUUCGAGUGAAAAUUCAAGCGCAGUCACCAAUUUAAAUUGCAUAAGACCAAUUCUUUAUUUUAGAAUAUUUCGCCCUAAUGGAAAGAUUAAUUCUAUAAAUUUAAAUGUUACUGGGAUUAUUCCGGAUUUCAAUUUUUGUAAAACAAAAGUAGGAAGAACGUAUAAGAAUUAUUUAAAAGUUUAUCCAUUAAUAACUGAAAAUAUACUUGUUACAUAUGUGAAUUCUACUGAUGUUUUUUCUGCAAGUGUUUACGGUCUUUUAAUAUCUUGGAAAGGUGAAAUAAUUAGCUCUACUUUUCUGAGAAAGGCACCGGUUAAGAAUAAAUCGGUAUCACCUCCUGGAACAUUAUAUUUUCCAAGAAAUAGAAAUCUUAUAGGUUUUGUUUAUGCCGCACUACAGCCUGAUACUGGAGAUAUCGAUUGGGGCCUUUUUACGAUGCCAAUUCCGACGAAUAAUCGACAAAUAAACUUGACACGAGAAGGUGUUAUUAAAAAUGAUGGUGGAUCUAUGAUUAAUUUUGUUGCUUUCCCAACAGCAGCUGGUGAUUAUUGUUUGGUCGUGGCAAGAUCUUAUGAUGUAUCAAAUACCUCAUCGCCUCAAUUUGAUAUAACGUUGCAAAGUCAUUUGAAAGUGGAUGCGCAUUUUAUAUAUACUACCGAAACUGGAAAUACCAUUCCAAGCAUGUUAUAUUCGAGUUCAAUAGAAAACCUAAAUGUUUUUGCCAUAGCAUGUAGCGCUGAUUAUAGUGGUCUUGGAAAUAUGUGCCAUCUAUAUUUCGCGAAUGAUAAUAGCACUAUGGCAUAUCCUUUUACUUUGAACAUAGUAUUUUUAUCUAUCGGAUCUGUGGAUAGAGCUGUAUCAAAUGAGCUUGGACUGAAUAUUAGGACGACAGACUAUUUGAGCUUAGAUCCGUUAUAUUAUCAAGGUUUUUUAUUGACUGUACACCGACCGCAACAGACUGGCCAAAUUAUAUAUGGUUAUAUGAUUAAUGCCACCGGUCAGUUUGUGAGUAAUUGGACAUUACCACAACCAUUUAAAACGAACUCCACAGAAGACGUAUAUGGUAUUCUUCCGAAUAAUUCGAUUGCAUACGCGCUACAAACUGAUGCGUCUAACUGGACAAUUGACUAUAAAAAGUUACCGAUGAUGACGAUGCUUGGCGAUAACGGCUAUUUUAAUCCACAAAUAAAUUCAACUUUUCCAUCGAUUGAUGAUACGGUCCCAUUACGAACCAAUAAAAUCAGUAUCAAUUAUAAACAAGCUGUUACAUUAUCAGAUGGAAAUAUCAGUGUAUUUCAAUUGCAAGAUAUAUAUGGUGAUAAUCUUCUUCGACAAACUUAUUCGGGAACUUCGGGAUAUUGUAACUUGACCACGGAUUCUUUAACGAUUACGUGCUAUAUUUUGGAGAGUACUUUUAAUCUACCAAAUGCCGUGUAUUACGUGUUGGUAGAUCCCGAUUUUGUUCGAUUAAAUUCAUCAAACGAACCUUUAUUAGGAAUUGAAAAACUUGUUUGGGCAUUCAAAUCAAGCCAAGCCAUAAUCGAACCAUAUUCUGCGAUAAUCAAAAGUAUAAUACGUUUAGAUGUCGCAGGAACAGCCAGUUUCGAAAACCUGACCUCCGAAGGAAAAAAAGAAUUCAUAAAUCAGAUAAAUCAUGAACUUGCAACGUGUGUUCCAGUGAAAGUCACAAGAUUUCAUAACGAACAUGAUUAUCAGUAUGACCCACAAAGUUUUGAGAAAAGAAUUUUAUUACCAUUAACUAUAUUUGGGAAUUCGAAUAUAAUAGAAAAUUCAAGUAUAAUAAAGAACUCGAGUAUAAUUGAGGAGAACUCGUUACACGUUUUCUGGGAUUUGGAUGUUUUAAUAAAGAAUAGUAAUUUGACGUUAAUUUCAAGAAUGAAGAACACGAAACUUUUAGAUUCUAGAUUCGGAAUUAUUCGGGCUCACCAUUUUACAGAAAGUUUAUUUUACUGA